GUGGCCAACAGUAGUUCGGUUGCACUGGACGUUGCCCAUCAACUUUUGCUAAUAGACGAGCGUUGUGCAAAGCUACCUAGCUAGCUAGCUACACACCAUAUACAUUUUCAGCUAAUUUAUCGUCGUGUGUGGCGCAUUUUUGCAUUGUGUAUUUCAGUCUGGGAUUUGCAUUCGUCAACAAACCAGCAAAUUCCAGAAGUGACGAGGGGACUCCAUUUUCCUACGCGGCUGACCGGACUAGCCAGCAAGACGGCGGAAAACUAGCUGGUUAUGCUGCUAGGCUAACUUUCCCUGGCAGGCGAACGAGAGCCGGAGCAAGCAAGUAGCUUGCGAUAAAUUGUCUAUCUGACGAUACAUUCGUUGACUACAACCCACUCCCAGCAUGCUGAUAGUGGGAGGCAAUGGACGGAUGCACUAGAAUGAGUGUGAAGGAACUGUGUGAGACCGAUGACCUGGCCACCGGUUUGGUGCUGGACCCUCUGUUGGGCUUCAGCACCCACAAAAUGAACAUAAGUCCGCCGCCAGAGAUCCGGCGGUGGGGCAACCUCAAAGAGACCCUGUUGCGCUUUCAGCGUACACACGACUUCAACGCUACCUUUGAGGCGCUGACAGUGGGUGAUCUGGCUGGUGACUACUUUAAUGCUUUGGGGAGCCAUCGACAGGAGCUGCUGAGACAACAUGUGUAUCGGUACCUCAGUGCCUUCCUGUUAGAUAGCGGUGUCAAGAUAGAGUCCUGUGACAGAUACUCCUCAGAGACCAACGGAGCAAAGAUAACCUCAACAAGGCACUGGUUUGCAGGAGAGCGGGUGGAGGUCCUACUGGGCUGCAUAGCAGAACUGAGCCUUGCUGACAGCGCUGUGUUGAGGGCUGGAGUCAAUGACUUUAGUGUGAUGUAUUCCACACGCAAACGCUGCGCUCAGCUCUGGCUCGGGCCUGCAGCUUUCAUUAACCAUGACUGCAAACCGAACUGCAAGUUCGUCCCUGGUGAAAAGAAUAUCGCAUGUGUUGAAGUGAUUCGACCCAUCUCACCUGGGGAGGAGAUCACAUGUUACUAUGGUGCCAGCUUUUUUGGGGAAGGCAAUGAAAUGUGUGAAUGCUGCACCUGUGAGAGAAACGGAGAGGGUCACUUCAAGCACAGAGGGAAGCAGCCUGAAUGUGAAGAAACAAAGGAUCCUGUGGGCCAAAAGUACCGCCUGAGAGAGAGAUAUCUUCGUCAGCACAGAGAGAAAGGACACUGUCCCACAAGGCCGAUAAUACCAGGAAUACACUCAGGUAUCAUUAAAGCAAUCCCCUCAAGGAAUUCGUUUACCCAGCAGAUGAGGAGAAAUGCCUUGAAGAACAGAAAAUUUAGUCAGACAAAGAAGUGGAGACGAGAGAAGCAUAGACGAUCAGGAAAGCACCCAUUGAAGUCCUCCACAGUCAAACCCUGUUGGACAGUUCCACUUUUGUCUGAGGUUACACUGAGGGACCUUAGAAUCAGAGUACGGCGCCACACAGUGGAUUUCUUAGUCAACUGCAAGGAUCCAAAAAGCAAAGAAAGAGCCUUGCUUCAACAACUGGAGGAAGUGAAGCCAGAAGAUAACAAGUUGAGUGAACUUUUGACUGGUGAAGAAAAUAACACCACUGAAGUAAACUUGAAACCUUUCACUCUAAAUUCCUCCAUGUCAGUUCAUCAGAAAAGUAGACCUGCAGUAAUUAACGCAGGCCUUAAUGGGAAGUCUGUCAAAGUGGUGGAUAAGCAUGCAGUUCCUACGAGGACCUCUUCGAGAACAAGAAGCUUGGUUCAUCCCAUGUCCAAACAACAAACGGUGUCCAGUAACACAGCCAACACUACAACAGUUUGUCACCCUGUCGAAGUUGACAAUACCUGCAGUGCAAUAAAACAAAACAAAACUGAAAAGACUAUCGGAGAGAGCCAAAGCAGCAAGUGCAGCAGCAUUGAAUCCUGCACUGUGGACACAGCAGAAAAUCCAGCCACUGAGCAAACGAAGCACAGGACUAUCAGAGGUUCAUCACUGUUUAUACCUGAAGUUUGUCAGAGUGUCACAGAUAGAUUGAAGAAAGCCGGGGACAAUCCGCUAAAAUCACUGACGCAAUACCUUACAGUUAACCUAACAAGGUUAUCAGUAUCACAAAGUAUAGAAGCAGAAAAGACCAGUGAAGACAAGAAAGGAAGAGUGGAGGUGAGAGGAAGGAGCAGGCAGACCCAGUGUCCCAGACCAGCGCCUCUGACAGUACAGUCAGAAAAAAGGGUGUCCAGAUCUCAGCAGAGGCAGAGAGGAAGUUCAGAGAUCUGCACAGUUGAAGGUAACAGAGGGGUGAGAGAAAUGUUUUUCAAGGCCAUUGAUAAAGUAAAUUUAAGGAAGCGACAAGCAAGUGAAUCUGUAAGUGAUUUAUCACAAUGUGAGAAAAGGGGGAAUGACAAGGUCAUUGAAAUACAAACAGUUUCAGAAGAAAAAGAUAAUAUACUUAGGGAGCAGCAGGACAUUGUAAAAAGCAAAAUUGAAGAGCAGAAUGAAAAUAGAAGUGCUGCAUCUACAGUUACGGAAUGCAUAAGUAACAAGGCCCUGGAAGAAGUGAAAGAGUCUGAAUAUAAAAUAGUGCCCAGCGACAAACAUAGUGGACAAAAUGACAUGCAGUGUGUUAGAAAUAAAGUCAAGGAUGCAUGUGUGGAGGAGGAAGUUGUGAAACUGCCAGAACAAAUGUCUAGGAGUGUGAGUAAACAGCCAGUAAGUAGGCAUGAAGAAGAUAUUGUCAUAAAGCAGGCAAAGGUUCUGCUAUCUGAUAUUUUAAAAAAAGAUAAACCUUUAAUAGAUAAGAGAUUAGACGGAGAUAUUGUAGAAACAAGGUUUUCUACCUCGGCCUCUAAAGAAACGCAAAGUGCUGAGGCGGAAGAAGGAGAACAGACUGAAAUUAAUGGAGGCAUGUACCGUUGUUCAGUGCAGAGGAGGAUUAUUAGACGACGAAAGUCAAUGCCUAGAACAGCGAAAACAAAAGCAGAAAGUAAACAAACCACCAAGGGACGCUUCAGCAAAGAAGUUCCAGCUGCAGUGAGAAAUGAGGAAAGUUUGCAGCUUCAGUCGUCACAGAGGCAAAAUGACCCACCGGCCACCUGCCUCAACCCACUACCUCAUGAGUCACUAACUUCAGCAAAAGCCACGACUAAUUUGCAUCCAGACACCAAUCCACCGGCACACAUACAGUCCAACAUACCUCUAAAAAAACGUACAUUUCGCAGUUCCGUGGAAAUAGACUCUGAACAAGGUUUGAAUUUUGCUUCAGAUCAAGCUUCCAAAGAAGCCACUUCGUUAAAUUCGUCCGCCGAGCUAAGGCAGGGCCUUACCACUUGUUCAGGGGAGAGUAGCAAACGGAAAAACGAUGGUAAAGGCAGAUUAAAGAGAACAGAAGUCCAGAGGUUAACCUCCAAACGAAUCACAAAACAGAACUCUUUUAACAGAGUGCUUCGCUCCCAAGCUAAUGAAGUUCAGCGAAGCCAUUUAUUUAGGAAAGCUCGAAAGUGUAAAUUAGAGACGCAAGAUGAGGAUGACAUUGAUAAGGCUCAGACACUAGAGAGUCUUGCAGAGGACAAACAAACUGUGGAUCCUGCUAAAAUUCAAGAGCAGUGUGGUAAAAAUCACACUCCAAAUAAAUCUGAAAAGGAAGAUGAGGUGGAAACAUUAAUCCAGCAAAGUGAUUUGGAUGAGACAAAGCCGGACCUUGAUUUUAAGAUUCGUUUUAAAAGGAGGAGAGGGAGAGUAUGGGAAAUGCAACGAGCAGGAUUUGAAAAUAAGGCAUUAAAAACAGAAAAGGGAGACGAGUUGGUGACAUGCGAUCCAUUUAAAGCCAUCAUGGAUUCCGUGUCAGUUUUAAACAUGGAGAUGGAGGCAGCUCAGGCGCAUGUGCAUGCUAGUAAGAAGUCAAAAAGCAGAUUGCAUCGUUUAAAAAGAAGAGGUGAGAGGCUGAGUGAAAGACAGUUCACAAAUCACGCAGAUGAAAAAUCUGACAAAGACCUCAACAAUGAUGGAAAUGCAUGUAAACCCAGUGAAACACCCAAUGACAAAGUAGACUUUAAAGUGAAGCUUGAUAAAGAACUUACAGAUGGAGAGAAGGUACUACCAGAAAAAAUUGAGAUUUGUAAAAGUGAGCUUGACAUGUUGCCAGCAGUAGGGCAAGAAACCAAAAUUGAAGAUCGUUUUGUGAAGAAUUGCUGCUUGUUUGAAACUGGGUCACAAGUGCAGCCUGAAUUGGAUUCAAAUGGUUUUCCAUUACCAGUCAUCAAACUACGCAGAAAGAAAGAGGAUAUCUGGGAGGUGGACAGCAAAGAAGGGCUUUUUGAAACUGAACUUAAAGUAGAACCCAAUAUUAAGAAUGAGAUAAAGGGUCACAUUUUAGGGAAAGAAAAGAAAGAAUGUGUUGAUUUUAACAAGCUCAAAGAAGAGUGCCCAUCUUCGCAGGAACUGAACCGCAACUCAGCCCUUCUGAAAAUAGAACCACCUCCAUUUUCCUUGUCUCUGUCGCCGCUGUCUCUGUCUUCCCCUCUUAAUGACAAUAAAGCGGAAGUUAUAUCCUCGGCUGCAGAUACAGUCAUUGAAAGGCCAGAGAUGAACAGCGGAGGAAGGAAACAGAGGCACAAAAUGGAGAGAACACGCAAAUGUGGGCCUGUAGAAACGCCCACAACUUGUCUUAGUCACACACUCCAACAAAUUGACAACAGUCUCUCUAGGCUCUCCGAGGGCUUGUGUUCAUCUCAGACUUUGGAGAAGCCAACAGCCUGUUCCAGUACUUCUACUGCUGUCGCCCAGCCCCCGUCCCAGUCUCCUCUAUUCACAACUGCAGAUAACAUGCUUUCUGGGGAGCCCAGCUUCACAAACUGCUGUGAUGAUAUUCUGGACUUUCAGUGUCUAAACUUUGAGGGGUAUUAUCAGCCACAGAACAUACUUCCAUCUUCCCCAUCAGAUCUGUGUUCACUGGAUCCACCCACAGAUCCUUUCAGCAGUCCCCUCUCUCACAGCCCGUCUGAUACAUGGACCACUGAAACGCCGUACCUUGGCCCUCCCAGUCCAGGAAAUAACUUUAACAGUGAGGACCUGCAGUUUUUUCCAGGUCUAAUUUCUUCCAAAAGUGACUCUGUUCCUCUGGAAUGUGAAAUGAAGGAUACCUCCAAAGACAGAAACCUCCCCAAUCCCAGUUUCAGUUUUUCAGCUCUCUGCAGCUCUGACUUGAGUGCUAAAGAUAGAAUAAUAAGUAGAAAUCCAGGAAUGAGGCUGUCCAAAGAAGACUUCAAAACUCAGCCCCUGUCUGUAGUCAGCAAGCCUAGGUUAUUUGGCACAACAUCAUCUUCUGUUACAUCUCAAGUUCCUGUUACUUUAACACAACCCUCCAGCAACAUGAAGGCGAGCGCUAGUCAUUCAAAAGCCCAGUCCAACCUUAAAACCCAGGGCCCCUUCCAUCGAAUGACCACUCCUAGUAAAUCCCAGUGUUUUUCAAAUAGUCAGCCAAACACAGUCAGAGGAGUGUCCCCGAGUAGCUUGACUAAAUCCAUCCCGGCAUCUCAGAUGUCUAACAAAUUCCUCUCUCCUCAACUCUUCACUGUGAAAAAUCCCAAUCCUCCUGACAAUCCAUUCAAAUUCCACGAGAAAACCUCUACAGUUAUUCACAGAGUGCUUAAGUUUCAGGGGGGGAACCAGAGUCAGAACUUGUAUAGUGCACCCUGUAAAGACACCAUGGCUGCAGGCAGCCCGACCGUCGCAUCCAGAACACUUCAUACACUUCAUAAAUCAGGUGCUAUUGAGAGGACCCAGCAGAGUCAGAAACUAGGUGUUAAUACAGACAGUCAUCAUAAAGGCAACAUUUCUUUUCAAGGGUUUGGAAAGGAUGUUGGCCAUCUUGGUUCUUCCAGCAACCCCAGCAGGUCCAACCUUCAUUUCAACAAACCCAACCAAUCUUUCCCUCAGUCUUGUAGUAAAAGUAAGAUUUCAUCCGACAAACAUGAAAUUGUUGAAACCAACAUGACAUACAAAACCCUCUCAGCGCUGCCAAGACCUUUCUUUCCUAGCAAAAUGUCUGACGGUUAUUCAUCACCACAAGACAAGAGUUUAAAACAGGAAAAAUCCACUAUGUCGACCUCAGACAAACACCAGCCAUGUUACACUCAGCAAGACUCUUUUGAUUUUAGCUUUGGCUCGUCUCUUUCUCCUAUGUCUCAUCACAACAGCCCCCAAGUGGUCCACAGUACACCUCCUGGUACACCAGCACCAGCAAACAAGAGCCAGUCAUCAACCUCAGCCUCUUUCCCUUAUGGCUACCAAGGUCCCCCUUACGUACUAAACUUCAGUGGAGAUCACUCACUGACCCUGGGUCUCAGGGAUGGAGCUGAUGGUUACCCAGGAUUAGGCUCGACAAACUACACCUACCAUUGCCUGAUGGAACCUUCAGGCACCCAAGGGCGGCUGGUUCUUGAGCCCUGUGGACCCCAGCUGUCUAACCCACCGUCUUUUUCUUUGGGUGGAUUUUCAGGGCUCAAAGGACAGGAUGAACACUGCAGGAAGGACAUGCAGCAACAGUGCCAGCCAGGGGAACACCAAGGCGCAGCACACUAUGGACCUGUUCCAACGUCUCACUCCAUGGGUGCCACAAAACCCAAGAGAGUGAGGUUAGUGGUGACAGACGGCACAGUAGACUUAGAUCUCCAGUACUCGGAUUGAUUUGUAUCUGGAGUCACUGGAUCCCUGAAUAUAUUUGGAUGUUGUUUUCCUCAAGGGGAAUUAUUCAGGAUUAUAAAGAUGUUUUUGUAAACACUGUAAUUCAUAGUCUACCAGUUAUUAAAGCGCGCUGACUGAUUGACAUAUUUCAGUCAGGAUUUUGAUGGACUGUUAAUGUAUGAAUGGCAUGUACAGGGUUUUAUGUAAAGCAGGCAGUAUCAGCGUGUUUUAACUACUGUAUGAUUUUUAAGAAAUGAAAUAUCCACUACAAUUUGCAUAGAAUACCAAAUUUAAAAUGCAUAAAGAAAAGAAAGCAUUAAUAUAUUUGUGACUAGGAGUUUGAACCCUGUAAACUUUGAAAGCCCUCUUACUGUACUGUAACAUAGCUGUAUGAAGUUUUCUAUACCGUGUAUGGCAGUAGAGACAGGAGCACCAUCAUUGGUUGCUGGUACUUGUAUCGAUUGGUUUUAAAAAGGCAGCUUUGUGCCUCAGUCUUUGAUAUGUUCUUGUGACUUUUUGAAGCACCUGUUGAAACGGUUCACCCUUGUUUUUUAUACUCACAGUAAGCUUUUUUCUCACUUUGUGUGUGUACCUCCAGGUGUGUGUGUGUGUGUGGGGGUGUGUGUGUGUGUGAGUGUGUGUGCAUGCAGUUGGUGGGAAGGUCUUGAGGGACCAAAGUAAGGUGUGGCGUGGUACCUGAUAGUGUGACUGUUGCUCUGCCAGAUUUUUGGUAAGCUCAUUAGUCAUUAGUGCAUAAAUGAAAGGUUUUUGCAUGAACAGUAUACAGUAAAAUGUUUUCCCGAACUGAAACUCGCAUAUAUAUAUUUUCAAGGACCGCUCUACUGGGUGAAAAUAUGCGUGACAUGAACUGCAGCUUCUCAUAGCUGUUGUUUUGAGUACCUAUGUGACUGAGCGAGUGAGAGAAACUGCAAUAUCUUUUUGUUUUUUUGUUAUUUUUGUUUUUUUAAGGCCAGUUGUGCUUAAUCGAUUGAGGGAUAGUACAACAUGGGGUAUUUGUAAGCGGAGUUAUCACAAUUGGCAAAAGAGAAACAUUUCAAUAUUACGUUGUUACAUUAAGGAAAGUGACAAUCUUCUCAUAGUGUAACUCACUUAUGACAUUUUUUCCCCAAAAUCGUUAAUUAUUAUACAGAAAGAACAGAAGGAUAAGUUCAUUGCCUACAAUAGUGACUGUCUUGUCUGUUGUUGUUUCUGACAGAGCUACAUGUUCAAAGGUUUUAUUGUGUAAGCAUAGAGAACAGCAAUAGAGUAAUUUGCUGUUGAGUGUGAAAGUCACGCGAGCAUUCCCCUCAUGUCGUGAUGUACUGUACGUUGAACCCAUUUGACAUCAUUGGGCAGGAGUGUUCAGUGUGACUGCACAGCCUUACAUUAUUGUUAUGGAAAGGCCAAUUAUUUAUUUUAAUAUCCUCAUCCUUGAAAUGGUGCUUUAAUGUAAUUUAUAUUUCACAUUCAUUGUUCUAUGAACUAUUAAAUGUUUUAAUUAUUAUUUAAUGGGACAAAAUACUAAACUGAAUAUUAAUAUUUUCUUUUUUUCUAAUUGGCAGUUAGUCUUACUGAAAGUCUGCUGUAGAAAUGUACAAAUGUAGCGUAUAUCAUUAAAGACUCUUAAUUCUUUUUUUGUA